UGUUGGUAGACCGUAAGAUGGUUUACAUUGAGAAUUACUCGUGUAGAAUAGGGUUUUAGGCUCAGCGGAGAGUGCUCCUUCUCGGACUGCAAAGGUUUAUCUCCCACCUUCAGAAUGUGGUCUCUCCGUCGAGCGGUUCAGCCUUUCAAGAAACAAGGGUAUGGCCUUGAGGCUUCAAGGGUUUUUUGUGUUAAAUCAGACACUUCGAGUAAUGUGAGAGGAGACAGAGCAAUUAUGUGCUGUCCUGCAGAAUUAAUAUCUACUAGAGUCCUUUCGGUGAAUGUGUUUCACCACACAACUGUUCUUGAUAGAAUCUUUGUGGUUAGUCGUAGUCUUUGUUUACAGGCAGAUGCAAGAAGUAGUGGUGAGAACCCUGAUGUGGAGGAUGGGUUUUUGGAAUCUGAUGUAAUUGAGGAAAAUAAUGCUGAGGAAGAAGAUGGGGAAGAAGUAGCUUCAGAACCAGGAAUUAUGGAUGAUGAUUUAUCUGAUUCUGAGAUAGGUGUGGGUGGUAAAGAUUCUGACAAGGAAAAGGUUUUAGGGUUGUGCAAGGCUUUAAUGGAUGCUCCAAGCCACUCUGUUGCUAGUGUUCUUAAGAAGUGGGCUGAGGAAGGGAAUGAUUUGGAGCGAUUAAGGAUUUCUAGUAUUAUAAUUAACCUUCGGAAGCGUCGGAUGUAUGGCAAGGCAUUACAGUUCUCAGAGUGGUUGGAUGCUACAAUGAAAAUUGACCAUACUGAACAACACUAUGCUUCUCGCCUUGAUUUGAUUGCUAAAGUGCAAGGUAUCCAAAGGGCAGAGAGGUACAUAGAGGAUAUUCCAAAGUCCUUUAGAGGUGAACUAGUAUACGAAGCCCUCCUAGCUGCCUGUGUCCAUGCUUGUAACAUGAGGAAAGCAGAGGCCGUGUUCAAGAAAAUCAGGGAGCUGAAAUUGCCAAUCACUGUUUAUGCCUGCAAUCAAAUGAUCACUCUCUACAAGAAGCUUGACAAGAAAAGGGUAGCCGAUAUCUUGUUGUUAAUGGAGAAAGAAAAUGCCAAGCCAUCUCUUCUGACAUAUAGGCUCCUAAUAGACAUCAAAGGUGCGUGCAAUGACAUUGUAAGGAUGGAGCAAUUGUUUGAGACUAUGAAGGCUGAAGGAGUGCUACCUGACAUCAAUGUUUUAACUACAAUGGCUAGACACUAUAUAUCUGGGGGGUUAAAAGAUAAAGCUCUAACUGUACUGAUGGAAAUUGAAGAAGGAGAGUUGAAGGAAAGUAUUAAGGCACGUGGAGCAUUGCUACCUCUAUAUGCUUCUCUUGGCCAUUCGGAUGAUGUCGCUAGAAUUUGGAAGGAAUGCGAAUUGGAUCCAACGUUGAGGGAGUGUUCUGCUGGUGUCAAAGCUUGGGGCAAGCUGGGCAAAGUAGAAAAUGCAGAAGCAAUCUUUGAAAUGAUGCUUCAGAAGUGGAAGAAACUGUCUUCAAAGCAUUACUCUGAACUUCUGGAAGUUUAUGUUAACCAUAAGCUUGUGACUAAGGGGAAGGAUUUUGUGAAGCAGAUGGGAGAUAGCGGGUGCUGGAUUGGCCCCUUUGCUUGGGAUGCGCUAGUGAGGCUCUAUUUGGGAGCUGGGGACGUGGAAAAAGCUGACUCCAUUUUGAACAAGGCAGCUCAGCAGACCCGGACCAGGCCGCUGUUCAACACAUACAUGGUUGUCAUGGAACAGUAUGCAAAGCGGGGUGAUAUACAUAACACUGAGAAAGUAUUUCACAGAAUGAAGCAGUUACAGUAUGCCGGUCGACUCAAGCCAUUUGAGAUUCUGAUCCAGGCAUAUAUCAAUGCCAAAGCUCCUGCUUAUGGGUUUCGAGAGAGGAUGAAGGCAGAAAACAUAUUCCCAAACAAAGCAUGUGCAGCACAGUUGGCAAAAGCAGAUGCGUUCAGGAAGAAACGGCUGCCAGAUUUGCUUGAUUAAUGAAGGUUGGCUUCACUGGAGUUGCAAUAUUAAUGUCUUAGUUUGUAAACAAUUCAGUAGGUUUGUAGGAUGUCAAGUUAUGUAAACAAUAUAGUAGGGUUUGUAAGAGGGUAGUAUGCCAGAAUAAGAAAUGGAUUAGAAUUUUUGAAAAUAUGGUCGGGGAAAUUUCAUAGGAAGUGGUCGAUACUUUUUGGAAAAUCUUCUGCUGAGGUGAUUUUUGGAUAAUUCAAUUCAUAUUUAAUGUUCAAUUCCCAGAAUUUUUGUCUA